AUGGAUUUUAAUGAAUGUUUCAUUCAUCCAAAGUCAUUCUCUUUAGACCCUAACAUUUAUACAGAACUUGUAGAACAUUAUACAAACGAGGCUUUAUGUUUUCCUGUUAAAGUUAUGGAUUGGAUUCCUAUGGACGGUUCAUUCUCAAAGAAUACAGAUAGUUCAAGUGCAACAUUUACAGCAGCUUAUACGCCUAUUAAUGUUAAAAGUAUUUGGGCACUAUUUAGAAAGAAAGACAACUAUUAUGUUAAUUUUGAGAACCCUAAGUUUAAAUAUCUUCAGCUUUCCAUGGGAGCUUAUGGAAAUAUGCCUGCAGAACCUGAAAAAUCAUAUGGACCUGUAUUUUAUGAAAUGGUUGCGAACGCUUGCAAUACAAACAAUGAUAUGAUUGGAUUUAAUGAAGAUGUUAUGAGGUCAUUGGUGGAUGAUGGUAGUGUGGAACAUAAAUGGGAUAGCUAUGACAACACACAUUUCUUAUGUGGUUUUCCAACAGAAGUGGACUUUUGCUUCCAGCAAGGUCAAACAUCUACUGCUCCAAUAACAUACAAAUUGUCUGUUAAAGGACCUAUUGAACUAGCAACUGAAAACGUAAGUUAG